UGGCAGUGGACAAGAGUAUAUUUAAAAUGGUUCUAGCCUUACUUUUCGGUAUCGCCUACAGUUUCGGUUUACUUAGCUGUGCAUAUUCACGGCGUGAGAGACGUUUCUACAUCAAUAAUCUAUUGAUGAUUUGGUGCAUUGGAAUGACCAUCACCGUGACCAUAGGUUCGGCGAAACAACUCUAUGCGGCCUAUAAUGAUGAUAAAAUAAAUCUAGCAAAUGCCGAAACUCUUUACUAUUACAUAAGCAUUGUGGGAGUUGUGCUGUCGUACAUUUGUCAAUUGGUGCAGACCACGGAGUUAAGGGAAUUUCUCAGCAAUGUGCCAUUAUUCGAGAUUUUGGAUUAUUUCGAAUUGAAACGAAGUGUUGUAAAGUCGUCCAUUCAAAUAAUACUUGUAAAGACUGUGGUGUUCCCCAUCAUACUUGAAAUAAAUCUUCUAAUACGACAAUCACGCAACGAACCCGAAGAGAGUCUCUUGAAGACAUUUUACACCCUUUUCCCCACCGUGGUUUCGAAUUUCCUACCGAAUUGUGCUUUUAGUUCGAUUGUCGUGUGCUAUCAUACAAUGCGUACAUUAAAUCUACGCUUGGAAAAAAUUGAAAAGGAGGCAAAUUUCUAUCAGGAUGUAAAACAAAUUAUUUUACACAAACGUUUCUAUCGCAUGCAGAAAUUUUGUAAUUUAGCGGAUACAUUGGAUGAGCUAUCGCAAAAAUAUACUCUGAUAUGUGGAUAUACGUUGCGGUAUGUUGAUAUCAAUUCGGUGGCAAUAAUGGCAACAUUGUUGUGCAAUCUUUUUGCCAUAACCGGUGGUCUAUUUCAAGAGUAUAAUGCCUUGGCCGAUACAUUUAUUAACAAGGAAAACUAUGAUGUGUUUGAUGCUCUUACAAAUGGUGUUUUCUUGUCAAUUGCCGUUGCUGAUAUUGCCCUGUAUGGGAGUAUGGCCAAUGAUUGUCUGGAGGCGGUCCACGAAACAUCAAUAAUUCUCAAGCGGAUACAAAUAAACAAUUGCGACAUACGUUUUCGACAAUCCGUUGAGAAAUUUUCGCUGCAAAUUUUCGUUGAAAAUUUCAAAAUACAACCAUUGGGCAUGUUGGAAAUCAACGUUGGUCUUCUGCAUGAUGUUUUAUCGGCUGUAACAAGUUUCCUAUUGAUUCUCAUACAAAGUGAUUUGACAUUACGUUUUUCAUUGAAAUAAUUGUGUAGAAAUUGUUGAGUAUAGAAAAUAAAUUUGAAAAAAAAUUAUGGAUAUUGAAUUGGAAUCUCAAAAUUCAAAUCCAGCAACAUGGCGUAAACGUUCAACAUUGGAAAAAUGCGAAAUUGUUACAAUUGGUGUGAUUGUUUUUGUUGGAGUUUUACAUUUGGUGGCUUUACUCUGCUUUAUGUGUGUUUUCAAGCGGCAUGCACAAAAUUUGUUUGCCGAAGAAAGUCAUGUGGAAUAAAAUAAAGGCCACCUGAUCCUACUUAAGUUAAAAACAAAAAAAAAAAACAUUGUGUGUGGACUCACCUGACUGAAUUUCAUUAAAUUUCCCGACUGCAAAAAGAAAAGGCAAUUUGAGAGUUAUUUAAUUAAAUUAUGUAUAAACUUAUUACUCACAUUCAAGUUUUGCAAAUAUGUAAAGGGCUCAUCAGUUCUACAAUUUUGGAAAGGAAAUAUGUUAAUAAAUUAUGCGUACAAAUCGUUUUAAUUUCUU